AUGGAUUUGCUCCAACAAAAUGAUAUCCUCCAGCAGCCGGGACCAAGCAAUCUGGACGCGCGUAAAAUCUCGAAGAAUCGGAGGACGUUUGUAAAUGAUCGUAAUCUUGAACUAAGUUGUGGUGAUUCAAAAAAACAAAAGAGAAAAAAAGGUCAUUUACGUGGGACUCGAAGCAAUGGAUUUGCUUCUGGGCCACCUUUUCCAAAAUUUACUGAUCUCCAGAAGAGGAGAUUAUCACGCAAUAGCGAAACAGAUGACUACUAUUGUGAUGAUUAUCCAUGGGGUGCGCCUUUAAACGAACAGCAGAAAAAGCAACAAAUGGCACUUAUUGAACAUGAAAUCAAUGAAAUGGCCAAUGAAACACUUUGUGGAUUAGGACAAUGGAGACCACAGUGGUUACAACGUUUCGCUCGUAGGGAGUGGAUGUUGAUUUUGAUGUGUUGGUUUUGCUUAAUCCAGGGUAUUAUUUUCGUUGUCAAGUUUUAUAUUUUAUUUAAAGGAAUGAUCGUGAGUGGCUUAGUUCCCUCUUCGAUUUCAAGUUCUUUACUAAAUUUUUAUUUAAAAAAAUUUGGUAUUUCAGCCAUAGAACGCCGCUUCCAAUUCUCCACUCUCUUAAAAUUUAUUGACAUUUAA